CUCCUCCUUUCUCCCCGCCUCCCGCAAGAUGGCGGAGCGUUUCGCGCGCUGCGGCGGGGGGUGGCAGGCGCGCGCCCCGCUGGGCUUGAGGGAGGCCGGCGCGCGGGCGGCCCGCGAGGCAGGUUAGUUCUUUUUGAGAUUAAAUACUUGGGAGAGGAAAAUGACAUCGAUUAUCAAGUUGACUACACUUUCAGGGGUGCAGGAGGAGUCUGCCCUUUGCUAUCUGUUGCAAGUAGAUGAAUUUCGUUUUCUUUUGGACUGUGGCUGGGAUGAAAACUUUUCUAUGGACAUUAUUGAUUCUCUAAGGAAACAUGUACAUCAGGUUGAUGCUGUACUUCUUUCUCAUCCUGACCCUCUACACCUCGGUGCUCUUCCGUAUGCAGUUGGAAAAAUGGGGUUGAAUUGUGCCAUUUAUGCAACUAUUCCUGUAUAUAAAAUGGGGCAGAUGUUUAUGUAUGAUCUCUACCAGUCCCGCCAUAAUACUGAAGAUUUCACACUCUUUACUCUGGAUGAUGUAGAUGCAGCCUUUGAUAAAAUACAACAGCUGAAAUUUUCUCAGAUUGUGAACUUGAAAGGCAAAGGACAUGGUUUGUCAAUCACACCAUUGCCAGCUGGCCACAUGAUAGGAGGUACAAUCUGGAAGAUUGUCAAGGAUGGAGAGGAAGAAAUUGUUUAUGCAGUUGAUUUCAACCACAAGAGGGAGAUCCAUCUGAAUGGAUGUUCCUUGGAAAUGUUGAGCAGGCCUUCGUUGCUUAUUACAGAUUCAUUUAAUGCUACUUAUGUACAGCCCAGGAGGAAGCAAAGGGAUGAACAGCUACUGACUAAUGUUUUGGAGACAUUACGAGGUGAUGGAAAUGUGUUAAUAGCCGUGGAUACAGCAGGCAGAGUUCUGGAACUUGCUCAACUUCUUGAUCAGAUCUGGAGAACGAAAGAUGCAGGAUUAGGAGUCUACUCUCUAGCACUUUUGAAUAACGUCAGCUACAAUGUAGUGGAGUUCUCUAAGUCACAGGUUGAAUGGAUGAGUGACAAGUUGAUGAGGUGCUUUGAAGACAAGAGAAACAAUCCUUUUCAGUUCCGCCAUCUUUCCUUAUGUCAUAGUUUAUCUGAUCUAGCUCGAGUACCUAGUCCAAAAGUUGUUCUUGCCAGUCAGCCUGACUUGGAGUGUGGGUUUUCUAGAGAUCUUUUCAUUCAAUGGUGCCAGGAUGCCAAAAACUCUAUAAUUUUAACUUACCGCACUACACCUGGAACAUUAGCAAGAUUCCUGAUUGAUAAUCCUUCUGAAAAAGUUAUAGAUAUUGAGUUGAGAAAACGUGUCAAGUUGGAAGGAAAAGAACUUGAAGAAUACCUAGAAAAGGAGAAACUAAAGAAAGAAGCAGCUAAGAAGCUGGAACAGUCUAAAGAGGCAGAUAUUGAUUCCAGUGAUGAGAGUGAUGCUGAAGAGGAUAUUGAUCAGCCAACUGUACAUAAGACAAAACAUGAUUUGAUGAUGAAAGGUGAAGGUAGCCGGAAAGGAAGCUUCUUCAAACAGGCAAAGAAGUCUUAUCCAAUGUUUCCAGCCCCUGAAGAAAGAAUUAAAUGGGAUGAAUAUGGCGAGAUUAUCAAACCUGAGGAUUUUCUAGUUCCAGAACUUCAAGCAACAGAGGAAGAAAAAAGCAAAUUAGAAUCUGGUUUGACAAAUGGAGAAGAGCCUAUGGACCAGGAUUUAUCAGAUGUUCCUACCAAAUGUAUUUCUGCAACAGAAUCCAUGGAAAUUAAAGCCAGAGUUACAUACAUUGACUAUGAAGGACGCUCAGAUGGGGACUCAAUUAAAAAAAUUAUUAACCAAAUGAAACCAAGACAACUCAUCAUUGUCCAUGGACCACCUGAGGCCAGUCAGGACCUUGCAGAAUGUUGCAGAGCUUUUGGUGGAAAAGAUAUUAAGGUUUACAUGCCAAAACUGCAUGAAACAGUAGAUGCAACUAGUGAAACUCACAUUUACCAGGUCAGGUUAAAAGAUUCUCUUGUCAGCUCCCUUCAGUUCUGUAAAGCCAAGGAUGCUGAGCUGGCUUGGAUAGAUGGUGUUCUGGACAUGCGGGUUUCAAAAGUAGAUACUGGAGUUAUUCUGGAAGAGGGAGAGUUGAGGGAAGAUGAAGACUUAGAGAUGCAAGUGGAUAUGCCUUCUUCGGACUCUAGUGUCAUUGCACAACAGAAGGCCAUGAAAAGCCUCUUCGGUGACGAUGACAAGGAGAUGUGUGAGGAGAGCGAGAUCAUUCCUACUUUGGAACCUCUGCCACCUCAUGAGGUUCUUGGACACCAGUCUGUAUUUAUGAAUGAGCCAAGACUGUCUGACUUCAAGCAGGUUCUCUUGCGAGAAGGUAUACAAGCUGAAUUUGUAGGAGGAGUGCUUGUGUGCAACAAUCUGGUGGCUGUUCGCAGGACUGAAACAGGACGCAUUGGAUUGGAAGGCUGUCUCUGUCAGGACUUCUAUAGGAUAAGAGACCUUUUAUAUGAGCAAUAUGCUAUUGUCUAAAGGAAGUGCUGCAAAGAUGUUUUUACUUGAACUUUUGAAGACUGGGGAUUUCGCCCAUUUCGACAACUUGUAGUUUUCUAAUUUAUACAGGGGAAGCCUAAUUCAUAAAAAAAAAAAUCAACUACCCUGAACAUGUAAAUAAAUAACUGCUACUGUUGUUCAUAAAUUUGUUGGUACAUUCCAUGUUGUUGACUUUCAAACUGUUACGACUUGCCAUCUCCCACAUAACACAUUAUAAAUGAGUUUGUGACUAUGAACCCUUCUCAGGAAAGGUUCUGUUUGUCAAGACAAUGUUUUGGUUUCAUAGAUUCCCUGCUAAAGUGUACAAAAUACAUAAGUCAUUCUUCUGUUCUAAAAUAAGAUUAGAGGGGAACUGUGGGUUUCUUUGGUUUUGUUCUUUUUGGGGUCUCUGUGAUUUAUUUUUUUUGUUUUGGUAUUUUUGUUCUUUUUUUUUUUUUCUAACUUUGGUUUACAGACAGUCUUGAGUUUUGUUGUGUGUUUUUUAAAUGGAGGUUAGUUAAAGUACAUUUUUAAUAGCCCACUUAAAGCUGAACUACCUAUACUUCCCCGCAGUGUUAAUCUGGCUGCAUCUCAAUGUUGUAUCUGCUCCAUCUUACUGAUUUGUUCCAGAACAGCAUUUCAUAUUCUGUAUAAAGUAUUACUCUGCAGGAUCAAAAAAUUGCUUUGGAAAGGUACUCUUUAAGAAAACUGGAUAAUGCUGUAAGGCAGCUUAAAAUCUGGUAAUUGUGUGCUUCAGAGUAACUUCUGUACAAACAUAGAAUUUGUAACUUCUAAUUUUGCAAAAUGGUGCUUACUAAAAAUUUUUUUCUGAGUUCUGAUUUUAAUGCUUUCAAGGUUUAAAGACUUUAUUCAUGCCCUGCUGUUUGUUCAGAGUGCCAUGAGCUAAGUUCAGGAAGAGUUCAUGUGAUUUAAUGGUUUUGCACCCUGUUUCAUUCUAAUUGCAUGUUUUUAUGCCAUUUUUCAUUCUAGUUGACAGUGGCACUUGCUGUAGCUGCUGCUGCUAGGAAUUGACCUUACAUCUUAGUUGAAGAUGAUCACAGUUUUGGGCACCUUAAUUUCUCAGAAAUUAACUUAUGCAAAUAAAUGGCCUCGAGUUAAUUUAAUCCUUUUUUCCCCUGUCCAUGUGUGAACCACCAGCUUUGGCAGUGGAGGGUUGCUUGCUUGUUUUUGCAUAAAACAGCAAUGUAAUACGUGCUCUGUGUAUAUGUUUAAAUAAAACCUUUUGAAAAAGUGGCAAAAAAAUAGCCCUGUGGGCUGUCAAUGGAAAGCUAAUUUACUUUGCAACUCAUUCAGAUAGAAAACUAUCUGAUCUACAGAUGGAUUCUUUUAAAAAGAGUAACUUAAAACUGAAGACUCUAAAACAAACAAACAGCAACAGAAAAACAACCAAAGAAACCCAAACCUGCUAGAACUAUAUACUGAAAAUGUAAAAACUUUGAAAAUUUAAUGCAAGUGUGAAUGUGGUUUGUUACACAAAGAAAAUCUUGGUAAGAAUGACUGAAUGGCUCAACACUUUUUUUUUUUUCUUGUUACAGUGUAGAAAAACUUUUAUUUUCAAUUAUAUUGACAGCCAAAACUUCAUAGAAAUGCUCUGGUUUUGUAGCUGUUUUGUAGCAAUGCUAUGUAAAUGUAUAUGAUACUGGAUGCUUGCUGGUGAAAACUGUUGUAUUACUAUUGUUGCUAAUACUAAUGAACUUUUAUAAAGUGAGUUACUUUGUACAGAAA